AUCAACCAGUAAUCCCGCGUGUGAUCGCAUAAACGAUGCUCGGUUUUCUGCUCUGUAUACUUACUUUAACCAGAACCACUAUAGUGUACGUUUCGAAGCGGUUUUUCCAAAACAUGGACAUUUCAGUGGAUACCGUGGACAGUCAGCGUUCCCUGGACCAGGUAUCCAGUCCAAUCCGCGAGCAUGAGACUGAUGUUGUUAUAACUCAUGGUGCUUACGAAGAUGAAGACGAAGACGAGUACGUCGCAAGCAAUCAGCCACCGAUUAUCGUCAAGUUACCGGUUCGCAAGGAUGAUAUUCGCUACAAGAUGAACCACAACGAGCGAGGAAAAUGCGUGAUACUGAAUCACGAUACCUUCGAAUCUCCUGGACUGAAAUCGCGCCAAGGAUCUGGUGCCGACGUGGAGGUGAUAAGGAAAACCUUCAGCAAGCUGGGCUUCGAAGUGGAGGAACAUCCAAAUUACACUCUGGAAAAGAUCUACGACAAGAUAAGCGAGCUAAGCAAGGAUGACCACAGCGACAGGGAUUGCAUUUGCGUGUUCAUAUUGACGCACGGCAACCGAAACGGUUUGAUAUACGCCAAGGACUAUCCGUUUCCGUUGGUCAACGUCUGGACGCCGUUCACCGCUGAUAAAUGUCCGACGCUGGCUGGAAAACCAAAGCUCUUCUUCAUCCAGGCUUGCAGGGGCUCGGAAAGGGACAGUGGUGCGAUGGUGUACGCAGGACCUGGCAGAUCGGAAACAGACUCUGUUGUUACGGUACCUUACAAGAUCCCCACCCAUGCAGAUUUUCUGUUCGCUCACAGUACAGUGGAAGGUUUCUUUUCGUGGCGAGAUACAGAGUGUGGAACAUGGUACAUACAGCAUCUGUGCAAAGUAAUAGAGGCCCAUUGGGAGGAUACAGACCUGCUGAAAAUGUUGACAAUAACCGCGCGUACGGUGGCCAACGAAUGCUCGUCCACUCAUAGUAUUCCAGCUCAGAAUAACCAGAAGCAGAUGCCUUCGUUGACUUCCACCCUGACCAGGGACAUUUUCUUUAAACACCAUUCCUGAGACUCUCAACUCCGAAUAGCUUUUAGAUCGUAUAAUUCGGUACAUAUUCGCGUUAAGUUGCUGCGAUAGUUCCGAUAAAUAAUAAUUCAUUUUAUAAUUUAUUUUACAUCUAACGAGAAAUCAGCAGGCAGAACCGAAGCAGCAACUAAACGCCACGUGCUCCACUUGUCUGUAAGUUCUGUAGUUUUCCACGCGGAAAAUUCAGAGUGUACUUGGUUCGGAAUAUUCACGGUUAAAGUUUCGAGUUCCGAAUUAGAGAAGAUCGUGCAAAUUAAUUCAAACGGACUAACGCCGGAAACGCGCGCUUGAAUUCGAGAGAUUUCGCGCGAUUUCCAGCAAAUUUUUACCCAAUCUUGAGUUUAUCGUGGAGAUACGAUAACAUUGAUAACAAAAAUUGUCGGUUUAAACGUUCGCUCGUGUCGAUCUCCCGCCAUUGUGGUGACCCUAUCAUUGUGAUAAGUAUUAUUAAUAAUGUUAAUAAAUGCACUAUUUUUACUUUUG